CGCAAGCGUUCGACGGACGCCGCUCGUCACAUCAUGGAAGAGUGUGAGAGACUCUUCUGCGAGACACUGAAGACCACUUUCUUGGUUGAGAAGGAUGUUGGCCUUGAGGACUCGCUGAUGAUGGACUUGCGAAACACACAUGUCGGCAGCAAACCUAUUCCGCCCCCGCACCAGAGCACCACCAUCGCGCAUGGUCAGCCAACACCCUCAGCCUCACCGGAUGGCCGCAACUAUCCAAGCGAGAGAGGACUGAUCACGAAAUAUGUCGAGAUCUGGGACUACGUGGCAGGCGCAAGGUUCAGAGGCUUCGUUGCAGAAAAAGAGGACAUGGCCACCAUGUGCGUCUUCUUCGACAAGGACGUUGUCGGAAUGUACUUGAAGCCCGGACUCAUGUCCUUGCUUGAACUGGCUAGCAGCGAUCAUUUCGAUUGCACCGACAUCGUCAUCUGCAUUGACCGAAGCGCCGACUCAGAGGAUUUCAAGGACCUCAUGCGGUCAUUAAACUGGGUCGGUUUCGAACUGACUAUGCUUGAGGCAUGGACCGGCAGCGAAGGCUGCAUUAGCGACCGCUACGUUUUCCUUGGCAUGGAUGUCUAA